UGCGAGACAGUAUAUAGAUCUCAGUGGUUCAGCUUGGCAUAUUUUUAUCGAAUCGAUCGUACUGUACAUACUGCAAGUGCGGCGUCUAACGGUAUCUACAUAUAUUAUAAGAGCACCGAACUUCCUCAUGAGCACUAUUCAGCGACCACACCGUGCCAGUCACUACCAUGUCUGAGCCAUACCUCCCAUAUGACUUGGUUUACGCGACACUCGAGCACGCAUGGUUAUCUUGCAGGGAUGUUACCGCCCGAUGGACACUCUAUGAAACGUUGUCCUGCGUGAGCAAGCAAUGUCGCGAUGAUAUCUUCUCUGUCAUUCUGCGCCAUGUAAUUCUGGAGACUACUCUAGAUUGCACGCGAUACAGUAACAUCAGGAGGUAUCAUUUCGACGACUACGCAGAGAAUGCUCCUCAGUCUCACAUAAUCAUCAAUGUCGAUCUCCUUAAGCUGGCCAAUACCGCGUCCCGUCCAGAAGAUCUCAAUGAUGAGGCGGCAGAGGCUCAACCAGAGAAUACCUACAAGCGCAUCAUCGAUUUGGCUCCUCGGUGCGAAUCGGUCACAGCUGUCUUCCCCAACAACUCUCCUGGGCAUAUAGAUAUUGAAUCGUUGCUGUCCUUUCUGCGAUUCAUACAUCAAAUCCAGACGGUUACAUUCGUCUCCAUAUCAUCAAAUUGGCCCACUUACCUGCACCUCGCAAUACCUCUUCAGGUUAUCCCUAGCCCCGCGAUACGACAUCUACGCCUCGGGCAAUAUCCUCUAUCGCAGGAUUUGCCCGCAGGUGCUAGCGAUCAUGACCGUCUGCACACUUUUCCCCGAAAUUUCCUUGCAAACUUUCCAAACUUACGCGUCCUCCACAUCGAGACACCAACCCUAUUAAAAGACCUGCUUUUUCUCGACACCCUCGAGGUGUUAGUACUGGAUGCGUGUCCGUGGCACGCACCGUUGCCUUCCAUGGUUGGUUGGAACGUGGGCUCUGCUCUCAAGAGGGGGUUGUUAAGGAGGCCCGACGACACGUUCCCUGCACGUCGGAUCGUCGUGCGCACAGGUCCAGCACUUCCGCCAGGCUGGACGCAGGUGCAGGCUGCGUGUGUUUCACACGGCGUAAUUCUUGAGCGCAGAAUUGCCUUCAGGAGUUGGGGAAGGACUGGAACAUGAGUCGUCUUGGGCUAGUCACACAUUGCUCCUCUCAAACUGCAAGUUGACGUUUCAGCAACUACUACGAAGUCAUCUAUGCGCACACUUUGAUCAGUAUGCAUGAAGGCAGCUCUCGCAUUCCGUCAUGAACACAAUAAACCUCAAUUCUCAAUUCUGUGUCUCACGUAUCAUGGAUACAGUAUGCAAUCCCUCAGUCGACAAACGAGCCGCAGCUGAGACCGCUUGAUCUCCUCUUUCCAUGUAAUACU